UUAAAUUCUUGUAAAAUGUGCGGUAAUUGUAAAGCCCGUAUUGCUUGGAUUGUAGCCGGUAUUGUGGGCGUAAUCCUUUUAAUCGGAGUCCUGCGAUAUGUUUUUUACAUCAGCAUAUUUGAUAUAAUUCUUCUUUUCCCAUUGGUAAUCGUUAUUGGAUUCGCUUACACAAUAAAAUUAAUGUCCGAUAUGGAAUGUUUACAUUUAGCGCUGCUGGCUAUUUUUCCAAUUCCUAUUUGCUGUAUAUUCAUGUUUGUGCAGAGGAUAGAGAGGAUUAUAGAGCACUGGAGCCAAUUGAAAAUAUUUUGGAAAAUCGGUAACAUUUUGCAUCUGACGUAUUUAAUAGUCUUUCCUUGCGUCUGGCUACUAUUUAUUUUCCACUUUUAUUGUGAGUCCUACAUUCCACAAACUCUUAUUAUUUCCUGAAGUGAAAGGCCAUUGAAUUCCCCAAAGUGAUUUCCG